AUUCCAGUGCAUCCACACCUUUCCAUAGGGUUGCUGAGCCAAUGAAUUAUGCUUUUGAAACUUUUCAUUUUAGGUGUAGUGGAGGAUACUCAAAUUAUUCCUUGGUUUAUGUUAUGCGAGGAAUGAUUCCAGGUCUCUUUCAAGAUUGGCAGGGAGGCCUUAAGGGAUGGAGGGGAGGACCUUUUGGCAUCCCUGUCUGUUAGCAUGGUCAAUUUGGAAGGAGCACAACAAUGUAUUAUUUUGUAACAAGGCAGAUUCGCAUGAGGUUGUGUUCAGCAACAUUAGAAAUAGGACCAUUAUUUGUGGCUGGGUAAUAAUUUAUUGAAUGGGUGUAGUCAAUUGUCGAUUAAUCAAUGUUGCACGGGUAAUUCUUCUUUCCAUCCAGAAUCCAGAUGAUUCCUCAUCAUCUGUGCUUUUUGUAGGGUUGUUUAGGCCAUAUGGCCUUUUGUUUCAGUGGAAUUAUUGUCACUAUUAAAAAUGCUAUGGGAAUUUAUCAUUUCGGAUGUUACAAUCCCACACUGCUCAUUUUGGAUUUGUCUGAUUUGCUUGUGAAAUGGGACUUCCAAAUUAUCACAAAACAAUGUGUCUACCCGAAUUUGACAGUAGAAAUGAUCCGAUGAUGGAAUUGAUAACGCCCUGUUGGCUCACAAAGUCAUGCACCUACUAUUUGGCACUCCAACCAAAGUUUUCUGUUUCUUGUCUGCAUGGCACAUAAUCAUGGUGGUCAUAAAAUGCUGCAAAAAAAGCCAUGUUUCACACUAUUUUGCUCAUCAUUGGAAUGAUGGUCAUUCUGUUUUUGGAGAAAUUAUUUCAGGAUUGUCUUGCAAAUGGGCCAUUGGGAAAUCAAAUCAAUUUGCAUUUUUUUUAAUUUUAAUAUUUGUGAUUCAUCUGGAUUGGGAACAACGAUUUAGUCAGUUUAAGUACCUGUAUGCUGUGUGCAUGCAUUUGCUAAUUGCCUGCAUAUAAGUUGGAUCAUGAGAAUAAACUUUUUUUGCGGGCGGGCAUAGGUCUUGCAAAGGAAAGCCAGAACAUAGAGAGAUAGAGAAUGGAAAGGAAAGGGAAAGGGAAAAGGAAAAGAGAGAUGGCGCUGAUUGAGGAUAAGAACUCAAGGAUGGUUUGUUUCUCAAAGCGUCGGAAAGGUCUAUUCAAGAAAGCGGCUGUUCUUUGCCAUAUGCACGACACUCAGAUAGCUAUCUUUGUUUCUUCCCCAGCCGGAAACCCAUUCCUCUUUGGCCAUCCAUCUGUGGAUGCUGUUCUUGAUAGGUACCUUGCCGACAGUUCCACCCACUUUGUCGCUGGCGUUGGUGACGUAACUGCUGCCACCCAGCAUUCUGCCAUGUCUGAUCAGAUCACAGAGCUCGAACGCCAACUCAGCAUCGAGAACAUGUGUAGAGAGAUGAUGUUGUCGGUGAUGAAAGGUGAGGUCCACAGGGAGAAAGUCUGGUGGGACUCACUUGAGAUGGAGGAGAUGGAGAGGUCGCAGUCAGUUUUGGAGAAGUUUAAGGAGAAUGUCUUGGCACGUUUGAAUGAGAUGUCGUCUGAAUUGUACGCUGCUGUGGAAGUUGAAGAACAGCGGUUGUUGGAUUUGGUAGAAGAGGAGGGCUCACUUUCAAAAGCUGAAAUUUCGGAAGAGAUGGGCUCAGUUUCGACUGCUGGAAUUGGGAAUUUGGAUGAUGAAGAAGGGAUUUUUAGUGAGCUAUCUCCGCUCAAUCUGGGUUAUGGCUAUUCUUUUUGAAUUUUAUUAUUACUUUAUUCGCAAUUUCUUCUGGCUUUCCCAAUUGGAGCUUGGAAAUUAGGGCAUACUUUUUUUCUUUUUCUUUUUUUUUUCCUUGUUAUUUGAUUAUAUACAUUUCUUGAAAAUAUCCAUGUUUAUAUUUUUGUUUUUUUAAUUGUCAGUGUAUCCCUUAUUUUUUCAAGGGGAAUUUUGGGGAUUGGGCAUACCGCGUACAUAUGUAAUUUCGAAGAAAUAAAAGAUUCUAUUGUUUUCUUUUGAAUGCUAUGUUGUAUGAGUUAGUCAUUUGAAUUUUCCCUCACAAAUAUCUACAUUAAUCAUGAUUCCCGCAUUUGUUUCACAAAUUCAUGUCACUACUGUAACUAAUGAUGCAAAACGAGACGUUUCGCAUCUGCUUUCCACCUCGUUUCUUACAUGAUUUCUCAGCCUGGUAUACGCAUGGCUCCAUUAUAGUAAUACUUAACAUGAACUUGACAACUUGACCAUGUUUCAUGUGCUUGACAUUCUAUGCUCAUGUAUGUGGCCGGGAUGGAGUUUGACAUGCCUUUAAUCUUGUUUGAGUCGAUGUUUGAAUUCAACCAUGACCCUUCCACUUGACGAUGGCUUCCAUCAGUUGUUUCUCUAUCACUUUGAAACACUACAUUUGUGUAGAGCAUGUUUCCUGCAAUGAGGUGAUUGUUAUUGAGAAAUAAGUGGCGCAGAUCUGAGGGGUAGAUUUUUGAUGGUCGACCACAAUCAAGAGAUCCUCAAUGUUUUGAUGUAGAUCCCAAUCCAAGUGUUUGGUCUUGAUUAUCAGUGAGUCUGGCAUGGAGGAUUCUAAUUUGUGCCCUGAAGUUGGCUGGAUUCUAUAUGGAUCCAUUUCUUGAUUGACCCAUUUAUGAGGAGAGAAUGCACAAUUCUUAGUUGAGCAUUUGCUCAAGCCACAAACUGUUUGUGGAACCCUCUGCUUGGUGAUUCAUAUCAUUCAUCAAGGAGGUCCACCACUUGAUCUUUUAAUCUCAGAAUUUUGGCUAAGCGACAAUCAUCUGCUCGAUCUGAUGUGCUUCAUUUUGGAACUGGAACACAAGGUGAUGACUCUACAACAGCUUUACAGAUCUGUUAUUUGGAACAUUUGUGGUUU